CUGACAAGAGGGAGACUGGCUUUUCUGAGUUUGUCAGCUCCCCUAAAAUAGCAGACAGCGUGUAAAUGUGAACUGAAAUUACAUUUAUCCAGUGGAGCCACCGAUAUAGAGUGUCUAUAUACAGCGACUGACUUGGGAGUAAAGGUUGUGGUGCAGUCUGCUGAAGAGCGAAGAGUGCAUUGUGAAGAGUGAAAGAGCACAUACAAGAAGAGGGGCUGUUGCACAAUGUGCUAGGAGUGUGGGGAAGGAAAGCCUUUUGUUUUCUGAUAUUGUUAAGGUGCCAGAGAGACCAUAAAGGACGCAGGCAAUGGGGCGGAAGAAGAUACAGAUCACCAGGAUCAUGGAUGAGCGGAACAGACAGGUUACCUUCACAAAGAGGAAGUUUGGCUUGAUGAAAAAGGCCUAUGAGCUGAGCGUACUAUGUGACUGUGAGAUAGCCCUCAUCAUUUUCAACAGCUCUAACAAACUGUUCCAGUACGCCAGCACAGACAUGGACAAAGUGCUGCUGAAAUACACAGAGUACAACGAGCCCCAUGAGAGCAGAACCAACUCUGACAUUGUAGAGGCGCUAAACAAGAAAGAACACAGAGGUUGUGAUAGCCCGGACCCUGAUGCCUCAUAUGUCCUCACUCCUCACACAGAAGAAAAGUAUAAAAAAAUUAAUGAGGAGUUUGAUAAUAUGAUGAGAAAUCAUAAAAUCCCCACAGCAUUGCCUCAUCAGAACUUCUCCAUGCAUGUGGCAGUGCCUGUGUCCAAUCCUAAUGCCAUGUACCAGCCAGGAGGGACUCUGGGCAGCCAGGCCCUGGCAGCAGCUACAGCCUCCUUGACUGACAGUGGGAUGCUGUCCCCUCCACAGGCCUCUCUGCACAGGAAUGUGGGCUCCAGUGGAGGCCCCCAGAGGCCCACCAGUGCAGGAAGUGCAGGUGGCAUGCUGGAUAAUACAGACCUUUCAGUGCCAACUGGUGCGGGCUCCAGCCCAGCAGGGAACGGUUUUGUUAACUCCAGGGGCUCUCCAGGCCUCCUCAGCACACCCAGUGGCAAUGGCCUGGGUAAAGUUAUGCCCACCAAGUCUCCACCACCCCCUGGGGGGAAUAUGGGAAUGGGAAGCCGCAAGCCAGACUUAAGGGUUGUUAUCCCUCCUUCAAGCAAAGGGAUGAUGCCCCCACUGUCGGAGGAGGAGGAAAUGGAUUUGAACACCCAGAGGAUAAGCAGCUCCCAGUCUACCCAGCCACUGGCCACUCCAGUGGUGUCUGUUACCACCCCCAGCUUACCCCCACAGGGCCUGGUCUACUCAGGCAUGCCCACCUCCUACAACCCUGCUGAGUACUCCCUCAGCAGUGCAGAGAUCUCUUCCCUGCAGGGUUUCAGCUCUCCUGGGCUCUCACUAGGCUCCAUGUCGGCAUGGCAACAGCAUCAACUGGGCCAGGCAGCUCUUAAUUCUUUGGUUGGUGGAGGUCACCUACCUCAGGGUUCCAACUUAUCCAUCAGCACCAGCCAGAGCAUAAACAUCAAGUCCGAGCCCAUUUCACCACCUCGGGAGCGUGUCACCCCAUCUGGCUUCACCCCUCAGCAGCCACAGCAAGGGUCCAGCCGGCAGGAAGUUCUGGGACGUUCACCUGCUGACAGCCUCAGCUCCUCCUGUAGCUCAUAUGACGGCAGCGAUAGGGAAGACCACCGGCCAGACUUCCACUCCCCGCUGGGGCUGGGCAGACCCCCUGCUGGCACUGAGGAGAGGGAGAGUCCCUCAGUCAAGCGUUUGCGCAUGGAUACAUGGGUGACAUAAAGAGCCCCGAAAAUGCUUUCAGUCACCAGCCGGUCAGAGAGAGGGAGGGGUUAGACAUAGAGACGAAAGAAAGAGCGAGGGUCCUUAGAGCUAUCGUUAUAGAUUAUUCAACUCCAUUUCAAUUUGUAAGACUGAGAUGUAAUGUAAUAAUACACGUGGGGACAUAUCUAAAGUAAAUUCUCAAACUGAGUAAGAUUAAAUCAAUCUCAGUUAGCUGGACUGAAUUAUAUGCACAAGCAGGUGGUAUCAGGUACUUGGUGCAAUUCAGAUGACGUUUGCAGAAGAAAGAUGUUCAGAGAGAAUUGUUAAACAAUAGGCACUAGGUUAUUGUAGUCACUGGUCUAGUCAGACACUUACAUGUAGUUGCUGUGUUGCUGUUGUGCUUGCAAGUUGCAAACAAUCAGAGGAAGUUGUGUUGCUUUCAGGCUGAGGACCCUUACAUAUGAUGUUCACUGCAAGAACUAUCCUUUAAAUCAUGCUGUACAAGACCUUUAUCUCAAGUGGCCUCGUCUAAUUUAUUGAAUCAAUUGAUCAGGAGAUGAAGACAGAAUGAAGUAUAACUAAACAGGAAUUUUGCUCAUACAGUUAACAGUU